AUGGUAGUUAAGAAUUAUUACGCAAUAUUAGGGGUCUCUCCUGAGUCUUCUGACGAAGAAAUUAAAAAUAGAUUUAACGAACUCUCUUUGACAGCACAUCCUGAUAAAGGCGGGAAUGAAGAAGAAUAUAAAAAAAUAAUCGAAACUUACGAAGUUUUAGGAAAUCCCCACCAAAGAUUAAAGUAUGACCUUGGUCUUUUAAGAGAGCAUUAUCAGUAUAAAGAUAUUGACAGAGUCAUUGAUCGUGUUCGAGAAUAUUUAAAACUUAUUAGGGAUGCUACUAAUGAUAAAAAGGAAGUAAUUGAAUCUUUGGAAGAAAUAGGUGCUUUGCCACAAUUGUCUGGAAGUCCUUCAUUGCUUAAAGAGGAACAAGAUAUUCUUAGUAUUCAUAAGGAUAAAUAA